GUUUCCCGGCUCGGAGUCGGCCCUCCUCCCUUCCCCGAGAGUCGGUGCAGCCGGGGCUCGGGCUAGCUCCCCAGAGCCGCUGCUGAAGUAGGAACCGCCUGCCCUGUAGAGAGGCGCCGCCGCCUCCUCACACGGAGACAUGUAUCCAGGAGCAGCUGCUGCCGCCGCCUCCUCCUCCCCCUCCCCUGGACCCGUACUUGCACCUCCUCCACCAUUGCCACCACCAAUACAGGGAUAUGCCUUUAAACCUCCUCCUCGACCAGAUUUUGGUACUUCUGGAAGAACAAUCAAACUACAGGCCAACUUCUUUGAAAUGGACAUUCCUAAAAUUGAUAUCUACCAUUAUGAAUUGGAUAUAAAGCCAGAGAAAUGCCCUAGAAGAGUUAACCGAGAAAUAGUUGAGCAUAUGGUCCAGCACUUUAAAACACAGAUCUUUGGGGAUCGUAAACCAGUAUUUGAUGGAAGAAAAAACCUAUAUACAGCUAUGCCACUUCCUAUUGGGAGGGAUAAAGUGGAGUUGGAGGUCACACUUCCAGGAGAAGGGAAGGACAGAAUAUUUAAGGUGGCUAUAAAAUGGAUGUCCUGUGUGAGUCUGCAGGCUUUACAUGAUGCUCUUUCUGGUCGGCUGCCAAGUGUUCCUUUUGAAACUAUCCAGGCACUGGAUGUAGUGAUGAGGCAUUUGCCUUCCAUGAGAUUCCCACUUCAGCAGGAGAGUGGACAAACAGUUGAAUGCACUGUAGCUCAAUAUUUUAAGGACAGGCACAAGUUGGUUCUACGCUAUCCUCAUCUUCCAUGUUUACAAGUUGGACAGGAGCAGAAACAUACAUACCUUCCUCUUGAGGUGUGCAACAUAGUGGCAGGACAGAGGUGUAUAAAGAAGCUGACUGACAAUCAAACUUCCACUAUGAUACGGGCAACUGCCAGAUCCGCACCUGACCGUCAAGAAGAGAUUAGCAAAUUGAUGCGAAGUGCAAGUUUUAAUACUGAUCCUUAUGUUCGUGAAUUUGGAAUAAUGGUCAAAGAUGAAAUGACUGAUGUGACUGGGAGAGUCCUACAACCUCCCUCAAUCCUGUAUGGAGGCAGAAAUAAAGCAAUUGCUACACCAGUUCAAGGGGUUUGGGAUAUGAGGAACAAACAGUUUCACACUGGAAUUGAGAUUAAGGUCUGGGCAAUUGCCUGCUUCGCUCCCCAGCGACAGUGCACUGAAGUUCAUCUUAAGUCCUUCACAGAACAACUGAGGAAGAUCUCAAGAGAUGCAGGAAUGCCAAUCCAGGGGCAGCCAUGUUUCUGUAAAUAUGCCCAGGGUGCAGAUAGUGUGGAACCUAUGUUCAGACAUCUAAAGAACACCUAUGCUGGGCUACAGCUUGUGGUAGUCAUUCUGCCAGGGAAGACUCCAGUUUAUGCGGAAGUAAAGCGUGUUGGUGACACUGUGCUGGGGAUGGCUACACAGUGUGUUCAGAUGAAAAAUGUGCAAAGAACAACACCACAAACUCUGUCCAAUCUUUGUUUAAAGAUCAAUGUCAAAUUAGGAGGAGUAAAUAACAUUUUACUGCCACAAGGAAGGCCUCCGGUAUUUCAGCAGCCUGUCAUAUUCCUGGGUGCAGAUGUAACUCAUCCACCAGCUGGAGAUGGAAAAAAGCCUUCCAUUGCUGCAGUUGUAGGUAGCAUGGAUGCUCACCCUAAUCGAUACUGUGCCACUGUGCGUGUCCAGCAGCAUCGUCAAGAAAUCAUCCAAGACUUGGCUGCCAUGGUCAGGGAGCUGCUUAUUCAGUUCUACAAAUCAACCAGAUUUAAACCAACUCGCAUUAUUUUCUACAGAGAUGGUGUUUCUGAGGGGCAAUUUCAACAGGUUCUCCAUCAUGAAUUGCUGGCUAUCAGAGAAGCAUGCAUUAAACUAGAAAAGGAUUACCAGCCUGGAAUUACAUUUAUUGUUGUGCAGAAAAGGCAUCACACCAGGCUCUUCUGUACAGACAAAAAUGAACGGGUUGGAAAAAGUGGAAACAUUCCAGCAGGUACUACAGUGGACACAAAAAUCACCCAUCCAUCAGAGUUUGACUUUUACCUUUGUAGUCAUGCUGGUAUUCAGGGAACAAGCAGACCUUCUCAUUACCAUGUCCUCUGGGAUGACAAUCGUUUCUCUUCAGAUGAACUGCAAAUUCUUACCUAUCAGCUGUGUCAUACAUAUGUACGCUGUACUCGUUCCGUCUCAAUCCCCGCACCAGCAUACUAUGCACACCUGGUUGCCUUCAGAGCCAGGUAUCAUCUGGUGGAUAAAGAACAUGAUAGUGCUGAAGGAAGCCACACUUCUGGUCAAAGUAAUGGCAGAGAUCAUCAAGCACUUGCUAAAGCAGUUCAAGUUCAUCAGGACACGUUACGUACCAUGUACUUUGCUUGACAUGUUUUAAUGUUUAGCGAUUCAGUAGAGUUGGAUUCACGUGAGACCAGCUGCACUUAGACCAACAGUUGCCCAAGCUACAAUGACAGCCAGCAAUGAGUGAUGCAUCUUUAUUUUAUUAGUUUUUUCCAUUUGCAAGAAAGCCUUCCGUCCGGAAUUUCAGACUUGAUUAUGAACUGCAGACCCGUACAAAACCCCACAGUUGUUGGAAAUGUGGUUUGCCAAAAUCUCUUAAGCUGCUUGUCAGAAAACAGACCCAUAUUUUGUAGUUAAAUCAAAAGCUGUGAUCUCAGGGCUAAAAACAAAACAAAACUUUUUCAUGUAGUUUGCUAUUCAAUUUAUUUGUGUGUUAAUAAUUUGGAAAUACCUUAUUCACGUCAAAUUUGAUGGGCUCAGAUGCUGUGAGCUUGCUUUUAAAACAAAGAAAGAAAAGAAAAAGCACUACUUGGUAUUUAUGAAGCCUUGAUCAUUCUGGAUGCAUUUACAAAAGUUUUAUUUUCAAAGUGCAAAAAGAUAAUAAUUCUGGUCCUCCACUGUCUUACAGGACCAUUCUGUAUGUCUAAGAACAAAUGUAUUUUCUGAAAUUUGUUCUUGAAUGUCUUUUAUUGUGCUGCAUUUAAAGAUGUUUUUCAUAGACUUAUGAAAUAAUUUCAGAAAAAAAUGAACUUGUAUCUGAACCUUUAAUAGGUCCAGUGAGAUUGGCAAAAAAAAAAAAAAUAUGCCAUUUAAAUUGUUUUUUAACUUUUUUUUUUAAAUCAUACUGACAGCUAAUCACAGAAUUUGUCCUACAGGACUGUGACACUUACUUUCCAAAGUUUCUAAAGAAUACGGGUCUGUGGUGAUAAAUACAGUACAAUCCUUCACUGUUAUGUUUGAAUUUUUGUAAAUUUUAUAUGUUUCACAGUAUUAAUGUGAUAGACUAGAUGCUAUUAUUUAUUUUAUUUACUAAGGCGUGCUAAUCAUAUUUCUGUUAACAUAUCAAGAAAGCUUUGGAUUUUAGACAUUAAAACCUUAUCAUGGAGACAUUAUUAUUCAAAUGCAGGAAUAUGCAAUUGACUUUGAUCUGACAGAUCAGAGAUACAUACAGUGUAUAUUGUAUAGCUUGUAAUUUCUGGAAAGACUUUUUCAGCAUGCACACAACAUGGCAGGUUUCACCUGUGCAUUCAGAGAGACACACCGUGAGACCAACAUUCUCCAUCCAUUCAAGCACAAAACAAUUCUUCUUUAUUUAUUUGUUGAUUAUUGGUGAAGCAGCAGUUCAAAUUGAGGAGAAUGGUUCACUCUUUAUAGUUUAGCUAGCCAAAUUUAAUAGAAUCUAUGCAGUAAAAAUAACUCUUAGGAAACUGUUGAAGUUUACUUGUGGAAGAAAGUGAAACUCUUUGUUAUACAUAAGGUCAAUAGUAUGAGUGAGAUUUUUGCCAUUCUCUUAGAGAAGUAUUAAUUAAAACUGAUAAUUAUUAGACAUAUAUGCUUCUGUUAGUUUGCACACUGGGUUCAUAUACAUCAUAAUACAUGUAUAAACCAUUGCACUAAUUGUGACACCAUAAACCAUUUUAGAAAAGGAUGGGGAAAACCCCCCGAAAGUUAUUUAUGCUGACUUGAUUUUGUUUAAUGUUCUCGUAUGCUAAAUCAAGUACAUAUUAAGCAUGUAAAUUUUUUUUUAAGUUGCAUUCUCUUGCUCUGUUUCAUUCAGCUCUCUCUUUCCCUUCCCCUAGCAAACACAUUUACCUCUAGCAUCAAGGUGGGCAAACGGCCUCAUCCAGAAUUAGUGUCAAUGCCAUAUUUUGUAUAGACUAGAACUGUUUGCUGUUGAGUAAGCCAGAAAAUGCCCAACUUUGCUGCCUAAAAGGUUUAGGUGCAUAAUUUUGUGUACAAGUUCAGGUCUGCACCUUGUAGCACAGCAUGCUGUUGCUCGUGUUGUUCGGCUGAAGCAACAAAGUAAAUUCUGUUAAUGGAUGAGUCAGUCAUAUGUAGAUCGUGCUAGUUUAUUAUUCCUGUCUUGCUGUUGAAAUCAGUGGGCCAGAAUCUGUUUUCAGUUAUAGUUGUGUAAAUACUGUUGUUCAUGAUUACACUGGUAACUGAAAAUAGAAUUCAGCCCUUUGCAAUUACUAAGCAGGUUAUAAAAGCCUCCACUAAAACAAAUGUAGCUGAUUUGCAGUAGCUUUUCUAUGAUGAGUGUGUUGCACUUUUCUCUAUAGUAUUUUGCGCAGUGUAGAAAUUCAUUGCAAGCUUUAAUUUUGGCACAUUAUCGGACAAUUGUAUGAGUUGUUCUUUAAGAAGUUAAAAUAAUUCGUCAGCCAUUUUUAAAAUUCCAUUGGUGGUUCUUGCUAUUCCUUAUGAUUAGGUGCUCAGGAUGAUAUUCAUCAUCUUAUUCUCCUCUUUCCCUGCUGCACAACCUGGAGUAAAUUACUUUAUAUGGGCAACCAGAUACAGCAAGGAUCCACCUCAAUCCCACAUCCUGAAUUCAAGGGUAGAUCAAAGGGCUAUGGUGCCUCCUCUUGUGGCUUCUGUUCUAGUCUAUGGGCUAGAAUACCAGGUGCUUCUCCAAUGUGGGAGUUCCAGUCUACUGGCUCUGUGCACAGAUCCAGAAGCCCCCACUCCAAAGACCCCUAACAUGCAGCCCAGAUACCCAAAAGACCUGGGUGCAGAGGAUUGCAAUGGGGGCUCUGCAGACACUUCACCAAAGUGUUUGUUGUCUCAGUGUCCUAUUAGCAUGAAUGGGAAUUCUGUGCAGUUCCCUCAAAUGUAAUGAAGGAUGCAAACUCCUGAGGAAUGAUUGUCAGUAUGAUGGGACUGGGGAGUUUACAGUUUGUAGAUACAUAUAUUAGCUAGAGUACUCUAAUUUUAAAAAUGGCUUUGAUUUGUUCCUAAUGAAAUAUACAGUGAAUUAGUCAUCAUAUAAUUUAAUUGAUUUAAAUAUUUUUAGGAAAAGUUUUUUAAUGGGCAAUG